UUUGCUUGAUGUGCAGCGUCAGACGAGUAUGAGUCCGGUUUGAAUCAUUUUAGCGGCAGAUCACCUACAUAUUGAAUUCAUUAACGACACCUCAUAUACGUUAUUGUAUGUUAAAUUGUUUGAGAUUACAACAAGACAGCAAGAAUAGGAAAAAGUACAUUGCAAUCGAUUCAGUGAUAGAUUGCUUUAGUCUCGUGUCGCAAGACAGAACGAUGUGAAGGAGCGAUUGCUUUGUCUGGCGUAUGGGCCCGUUUGUUUGUUGCUCUGUGCAGCUCGACUUUGGUCUGAAACGUAAAAUAAUGGCUCACCCUCCACCAAAACCAUGGGAAAGGCGAAUCCCUGGAACCAUGACUGCACCACUAAACUAUCGCUCAACUGACUUUGGAUCAGCAUCACAAAGUGGGCCAUCAAUGUCUGGUCCUCCAGUUCUAACACGUGUGGUACCACCCAUCCCUCCAAGACCCGUCCAGCAAGCAUACCGCCCUACAUACAGCUCAUUUCCUUCCUCAUACAGCCCUUAUGGGAGCUCCAUCUAUGGGGGCUACAGCCCCUACAGCUACAGUGGUUAUGGAGUUGGAGGCAGCCAGGGUUAUAACCGUUAUAACCCAACGGACGACAUCCCACCCAGCCACUUUGUCCAGCAGGCGGAGGAGAGCAGCCGCGGAGCAUUUCAGUCCAUUGAGAGCAUUGUCCAAGCCUUCUCGUCAGUCAGCAUGAUGAUGGAUGCUACAUUCUCUGCUGUCUACAACAGCUUCCGUGCUGUUCUGGAUGUGGCCAAUCACUUCUCCCGCUUGCGCAUACAUUUCACAAAAGUGCUGUCUGCCUUCGCUCUGGUUAGGACCCUUGGAUACCUAUAUCGCAGGCUGCAGAGGCUGCUAGGAUUGCGUCAGGAUUCAGAGGUGGAUGACUUGUGGGCGGACAGCGCCGCUUCAGGAUCCAGAGACACAGGGAUUGAUGACCCCAGAGCGAAUUCUGUCAAAUCAUGGCCCAUUUUCUUGUUUUUUGCUGUAGUUCUUGGAGGGCCAUAUUUGAUCUGGAAGCUUUUGCGGUCUGCUGAGGGUCCUGAGGAAAAUGCCACUAACUGGGCAAGUGGGGAGGAUGACCAUGUGGUAGCACGAGCUGAGUAUGACUUCACAGCUGCAUCUGAGGAAGAGAUCUCUCUACAGGCUGGAGACAUGCUUAAUCUUGCCCCUAAAGAACAACAGCCCAGGGUGCGUGGCUGGCUGUUAGCCAGUGUGGAUGGGCAGACCACUGGCCUCGUACCUGCCAACUAUGUCAAAGUGUUGGGCCGGAGGAGAGGCAGAAAACAUGCAGAAUUAGAGAGGAUGGCACAGGCCCAGCAGGCUGCACAGAACCUUCCAGCACCUCAAACUGCUCUGGCUACAGCUUCUGUUCCCAACUCCAGGCAGGCAGUCCCUACCACAUCAGAUCCAGAUGAGCUUUUGGAUUCUGUUUACAGUGAAACACAAGGCCUUCAUGCUACCCUGGAGGUGCAACCUUCUACAAACAAAAACAGUGAUACUGUAGUGAUAACCACAGAAAAGAUGGACUUAUGAGUAAUUUGUAUGUGCAGGGAGGUUUGUGUGUGUGUGUCUCUUGUUGGGAGCUAGGAGAAAAAGUUUAUCCUUCAUUAGAAUAUAUCACACUCUAUGUAACUUAGUCCAACACCUAAAAAAAAAAAGGAGAG